AAUGUGAACCGCAUCACACGCGUUUACGGGUGGAUCCAUCUACAUAUAAAUAACAAAACUAGAAACACAGAGAAAGAGAGAUCGUAACUUCAAACUUAACCAAGCAGCAGUGACAGAGUCACCGUACCUAACACGCCAUUCAUGGCAUCUUCCCGAAUCAUCUCUCAUUCUCAACCCAAUCUCCACCGUCAGUCUUCCCCCUUUGACUCCGUCAAACCUCUUCCGUCUCUCAAUCUCAACCUUCACCCGAAACGACACCGUAACCUCCGCAUUCGUGCUUCCCUCAACGACACUUCGCAUUCCGUUGAAUUGCGAACUAGCCCCGUCUCCGCCGUCUCAAACGACGUCGUUUCCAAAGAUCCGCACGCUCUUCCUCGGCCUUUGUCUUCGAAUCAGUUAUCUAGUGCUGUUUCCGAUGGUUCAGGACUUCGUGUUGCUUAUCAGGGAGUUCAAGGUGCUUACAGUGAAUCUGCGGCACAAAAAGCUUACCCUAAUUGUGAAGCUGUGCCUUGUGAACAAUUUGAUACCGCUUUUGAAUCUGUUGAAAGGUGGCUUGUGGACAGAGCAGUUUUGCCAAUUGAGAAUUCUUUAGGAGGGAGCAUCCACAGGAAUUAUGACCUUUUACUCAGGCACAGGCUACAUAUAGUAGGAGAAGUAAAAUAUGCAGUCCAUCAUUGUUUGAUGGCCAACCAUGGUGUUAAACUUGAGAAUUUGAAGCGUGUUCUUAGUCAUCCUCAGGCUCUUGCACAAUGUGAGAACACCUUGACAGGAUUGGGCUUAGUCAGAGAAGCUGUUGAUGAUACAGCCGGUGCUGCAAAGCAUGUUGCUUUCCAUAAACUACAAGAUGCAGGAGCUGUUGCUAGCUCAGCUGCCGCAGAGAUCUAUGGCUUAAAUAUACUUGCUCAAGACAUCCAGGAUGAUAGUGAUAAUAUCACUCGAUUUUUAGUGUUGGCGCGAGAACCUAUACUUCCAGGCACAGACAGGCCAUUUAAGACAAGCAUAGUUUUCUCCUUAGAAGAGGGACCUGGGAUACUUUUCAAGGCCCUUGCUGUUUUUGCGCUGCGUCAAAUUAAUCUUUCAAAGAUUGAAAGCCGUCCUUUGCGGAAGCAACCUCUUAGAACAUCUGAUGAUAACAACAAUAGGUACUUUGAUUAUCUUUUCUAUGUUGAUUUUGAAGCAUCAAUGGCUGAUCAGAAUGCACAAAAUGCCUUAAGGCAUCUAAUGGAGUUUGCUACAUUCUUGCGAGUGCUAGGGAGUUAUCCUUUGGAUACUAGCAUGGCGUAAAUGAUUUCCAAAAGAGGACUUGCAGAUAUAGUUACUGUUGCAUAUGGCACAGUUCUUCCAGCGGUGGAAUCAUGUUAAUGGAAAUACAGGAUGUUGUUUACAUUGAUUCAAUAUACAGACAGAUAAAGAGAAAACAGUAUCAAACGUGCAAGAUCCUCAAAAUUUUGAUGGGUGGUAUUCAGCAUUAUGAAUCCGUGUGUGUUUGUGCAAAUAUUAUCUUUGUCUAUGGUUAAAUGCAAGUGAUACUUCUCUAGGGACUCGUGUAUUUUAUGUCUUCUGUGAAAAUAGUGGAAACGCAUUUUUGCACCCAAGAGGAGUUUGCAGUUUUUUGCACAUCCUCUACCAUUUGUACUUCUCAAGUGUCGGUCAUGGAUUUUAUUUAUUUAUUUAUUUGAUAGAA